AUGCAUAAUAACUAUGGUAACAGUCAUACAAGAGUAACAUAUAGACGGAAUGCAUCAUUCUGUGAGAGAAUACAGAAUAGUUUAGUAGCGUUUGUUGUAGGAUUAGGUCUAUUAGUAGCAUCUUCUGGGUUGCUCUACUGGAAUGAGGGUAGAGCAGUGCAGACAGCUAAGUCUUUAGAUGAAGGAUUAAGUGUUGUAAUACCAUUAAAAUCAACAGAUGUAGCAUUCGAAUCUAAUAAUGGUAAACUGGUCUAUUUAACAGCUACUCUACAUACUGAUAAGAUUAUGAGUGAUCCAGACUAUGGUAUCAAUCUACAUGUUGUUAAGUUAAAAAGAUCAGUUGAAAUGUAUCAGUGGGUUGAACAGGAAUCAAAACGUGAAUAUGAUGAAGGAGGACAAACUAGGGUAGAAACAUCAUAUUCAUAUUCUGAAGAGUGGAGAUCUGAAUUAGUGUCUAGUUCAUCAUUUCAUAGUUUACUAGGUCAUGAAAAUCCUGGGUCUAUGCAAGUUACUUCAAAAGUUUUUACAGCAGAUUCUGUUCAAGUUGGAAAUUUUCAUCUUUCAAAAAAUUUAAUUGAUAAGAUAAAGCAGUAUAAACCAUUAGGACAAGAGUUAAUUAAUAUACCUCCAAAUUCAGGAUUAGAAUUCUAUAAUGGAUAUUUAUAUCAAUCAAACAACCCUAGAAGACCUCAGGUAGGAGAUAUUAGAAUACAGUUUGAAUAUACUGGUAUCAGUGGCAAAUCAUCUCUAGGUGAUCCUGAUACAGUCAGUGUGGUAGCCAAACAGGUGGGGUUACAGUUAACACGGUAUGAAACAGAUGCUGGUGAUGACCUUGAACUUCUAUAUCAUGGUGAAAUGUCUGCCAAGAAAAUGUUUGAAGAAGAACAUAAUCAAAAUAUUAUGAUGACAUGGGGAAUAAGAUUUGCUGGUUGGUUAUUAAUGUUUGUAGGUUUUGGUUGUUUGACUAGUAUUAUUACUACAUUAGUUGAUUGGUUACCAAUAGUUGGUGAACUGGUUGCUAUGGGAGUAGGAGCCAUGAACGCUGCAUUAUCAAUUAGUUUAUCAAUAACUAUUAUUGCCAUUGGUUGGAUACGGUAUCGUCCCAUGUUAGGAUUUGGAUUAUUAGCUCUAUCAUUUUUACCAUUUAUUUUAUCAAAAAUACGUUCACGAGGACGGCCAUCAACAAAUUACCAGCGUGAUGUAUAUUCUUAG